UCUGUGUUCAUGUCUACCAUUACAUAACAUGAGAUGCCUGUUAUGCAUGUACAACUCAUCCUCUAGUUAACAGCUGUGCCUGCUGGGAACGUGUGAUUUUAACAGUGAUGGCUACUCGCUGGGGCAUAGCCAGUGCUGGCAAAAUAAGUCAUGACUUUGUAACAGCACUGGGCACCCUGCCACCUGACGAACAUCAUGUGGUUGCUGUAGCAGCCCAAGAACUUGAUCGGGCUAAAGCAUUUGCAACUGAACACAACAUUCCAAUUGCAUAUGGCUCAUAUGAAGAACUUGCAAAAAAUCCUGAUGUAGAGGUGGUUUACAUCGGGGCAAUCAACACGCUGCACCUAGACAUUGGAAAACUGAUGCUCAGCAAUGGGAAGCACGUUCUUUGUGAGAAACCCCUCACUGUGAACUUGAAGCAAACCAAAGAGCUCAUUAACCUUGCCAAGGAGAAGCAGUUGUUUCUUAUGGAAGCUGUAUGGUCACGCUGUUUCCCAGCAUAUGAUGCUCUCAAGAAGGAGCUUGAGGCCGGCACGUUGGGGGAGGUACUGCAGGUGAUCGCCAGCUUUGGCGUCGUCAUUGAAGACGUCGAAAGGUUCAAAUUGAGAGAGUUGAAUGGGGGCACUAUUCUGGAUCUGGGAGUGUACCUUCUUCAGCUUGCACAGUUUGUGUUUGGUCCCUCACUACCGGAGAGCGUCGUGGCACAGGGAGUGCUGAAUGAGAAUGGUGUUGACUCAAGCACAAGCAUAAGUCUGAAGUACAGAGGAGGGAAAAUGGUGACUGCCUGUACCCAUGCAAGAGUUGAACUACCCAAUGAAGCAUUCAUUGUUGGAACAAAGGGUACCAUUAAAGUACUCCGACCUUUCUGGUGCCCAACAAGUAUAAUCACCCCAGAGAAAACAAAAGAAUUCAUCCUACCAACUGCGUCCAAACCAUUCAACUUUACCAAUAGUGCUGGUCUCCGCUACGAAGCAGUUGAGGUCCGACGCUGCCUCAGACAAGGUUUGUUGGAAAGUCCCAAGGUAACCCAUGAGGACAGCCUGGCCCUGGCUCAACUAGAGGAUGAGAUCCGUUCACAGCUGGGCGUUAAAUAUGAACAGGAUUAAUGAGACAGAUGGAUUCCAUGGCAGCAUCAGCAAAGAAUUUGUGUUAAAACAAAAUAGAUUUUGUUCAACUUUAGUCAUGUAUUUCACAUUAAUAAGGAGACAUGAAACAAGAGGUUUUAUUGGUAACAGCCAUGGACUUUAAAACUGUAUUAUAUCUGUGCUAUCAAUUAUAGCUUACACAUAUGGUGCAUGGGAAGAAUUUGUUCCACUCAGCUGUUAGUUUGCUGGCUGAUACAGAUGUUGAAUCACUGAAUGCAUGCAGAGUCCUGUUGUAUGACACAGAUUAAUGUUAAUGGAUGGCUCGGUGACUUUAUGAUAUAGAAACUUAGGAAGAACUUUGGAUUCUUCUUCAACUGGAACACAUGCGCAAACUUGUCGAGGCUAUUAGUCACACAUGCUUGUGAACUGCAUGUUUUGACCAUGAAGCUAAAACUAAACAUUAGGGUACUGGCAAACAUGGUUUAGAAUAGAAGCACCAGGAGUAGCGAGUUUUACUCUGAGAGUGAAUGUAGCUUAACAUCUCACUCUUCAAGAUCUAUGAAAAGAAAGAGAUACAUACACUGAAAAGUAACCAUGUUCAGAGUUUUAACAAAUCUAUGAUAAUUCUGGCCAAGAAAUGUGAAAUACAGAUUACUCAGUUGGUUAAGGUUACCAUAUUCACUGCCAGUUAUGUCACAGGAUGGCAAUUCUGGCUAACAUCAUGCCUUUAAAGUUUGUAAUAGUAGAUGUAAUAGCCAGGAUAGAAACUGGCUACGGGCUGGAUGACCGAGGAGUCUCAGUAGGGUCAAAAAUUUUCUCUUCUCCACAUUGUCCAGACUGACUCUGGAGUCCACCCAGCCUCCUGUCCAUGGGUAGUGCGGGCUCUUUCCUCAGAGGUAAAGCAGCCAGGGUGUGCAGCUGACCACUCAACUCCAACUAGGGCCAAAGUCAAGAAAAUGUGGAUCUAUACACCCGCUCCCCCAUACACCUUCAUGGCAUAGUGCUUAGUUAACCACAGGGACAGCUUCACAUUUACCUUUAAUAGGAGGUGUAAUACAGAACCUUUUAAAAUUGCUUUGAGAGAUUUUUAUGUAGACGGAUGUGAUACCAUGUAGUCUGGUAGAAGUUUACUGACAUAUUGGAGGAACACAUUUUCUCCAUCCUCAGGGUCAAAGAGUAAGCCAAGCAUGCAACCAGAAAAAAAACAGGUUUUGCAUCCCUCUUCAAUGAAUUUUUAGUGUGGGGAGUAAUUUUUUAAACCUCUUAAACAGACAUAAUGUAUUACAACAAGGAAAAGGAAAGAUGAGAACCAGGUUCAAGGAGUCACACAAAGAAGCUUAUUUCAGAAUAUAUAUGUGUGUAACGCUUCUUCACAUGGAAUUCAGUGGUUAUGUAUACAUGGCAUUUCAGCUAAAUACAAUAAAAGUGAAAAUUUUUAUACAGAUAUCAGUAGGAAAAUGUGAUAGCUUUCCAAUUUCCCAGAUUAAUUUGUUCGUGCUAUCAAUUUAUGCAUUCUGUAUAGAACUUCUUAGAGAGUAUUUGACACCUCUAGUACGUAGUCCUACAGUGUGUUCAAGAAAACCACUGGUAUGGCAAUUUUGGUUCCAAUUGUUACAUUGAAAAUAAAAUCUACUAACUUUCUAAUGACAUUAUAUCACUAGCCAUGCAUUCUCAGAGAUUUUUUUAGACACAAUAUCUACAUGAAUGAGGUUUGUCAAAAUUUCUAAAUAUGCACGCCACACACGCGCUCUAUAAACAAAAGCUAAUUUCACCAUACGUGACUAUUUCAUGCAUUAAAUUAAAAGCAGUAAAGUCUCUCUACAACUGCUUAUAUAUGUUUAAAAUUAGGAUACAGCACAAAAAGUAAAAUGUAAGUAAAUGGACUUAUAAUUCCUACAGCCUUGCAAAACAUUAUGGAAGUUUUCACGGAAAACAGAUGCACCAAGUGUUUCUGCCUUCCUGUCGCCUAGUGUACCAAUAAGAAUGGGCCAUCACACUCGCUGAUGAGUAUCUUACAAUCACUGUCCACGUCAAGCCUGAUUAAGGGGGCACUGGGCAGGUCUCCAAAAUGUUGGCUUCUAACUCAAAUUUGACAUGGCUGCUUGCUUUAGAUUUUCAGUGUUUUCAUAUCUGUAAUGCUGUAAUCAGUUUUUAAAUAAUACAUAAGCAGACAGUUUUAUUACAAAUGGAUAACUAUAUUAUUUAAGGAAAUCAAAUAUACAUAAAGCAAAAUAAUGUAAUCUAACAAU